CCAAUCUUUGUCAGGCAGCACGCACGACACACAUGCGAUUAAACUUUCACAGACAUGACUUGGACUUCACCAUUGUGUGCGCAAGCUCGACGUUGUCAAUGCACGUCAGAGAAAGCUACCAGCAGAUUAUUAUUGCAACAUGCGAUCGGCGAUUGUCGUUGUCAGUCAGCGACACCUACCUCAUGGAGAAGUAACUUUUUCCUGUAGGCCUCUGUCACUUCAUUCCAACACCCUCAUAUUUUCUCACAUAGGAAAGUAGACCAGUCUGCCUGAGAUACCCUCAACCAUUAUACUUACCGUGUUUCCAAUACCAGGCAGAAAUCUCCCAGCGACUCCACACGAUCCAGAUCUGUCUGAAGAACGGAAGAGUCACGCACACCUUGCUCCAGACGAUAACUCGCAUUCUCUUCCAUCGAAUUUCUAAUAGAGUUUACCAUACGAAACCGCGUGUAUCCCAUUCCGGCUUCAUCAGUCUUCUUCUUCCCUUCUCGUUCUCUAGCUUUCGAGAAGGUGGCACAUCCAUCGAUGCCUUUGUGUAUCGGAAGCCCCCUUGAGAAACGUAAAGAACACUCAGGAAGUGGAAGAAACUGGCGUGCCCCCACACCCGCCUAAACAAUCAGUCAAGGAACCCUUCGCAAAGCAGGGUCUCUUGCCCACGAAACCCAAAUUCCCCGUCCCCUCAUCGUGUGCCCACGAUUAUUCCGCAACAGCCCGCGGCUUCCGCUCGUUCACGGGGGGUGGUGAUCUCUAGCAAGUGGACUGUCUUUUGGGCAAGUACUGCUUGCAACUCGAGCUAAACCACCAGUCUAGUUCACGGUCUCAUCUCACACCACCUGCCUUGAUUGUAGACAAAAAGAUAUGCCCCGAGUCCGACCCUUGAGCCCUAGCCCCUCCGACACUCCCGUUCAGACCCUGCUGUCCCUCUCCCGCCGCUCUUCCAAAUACCUCUCCCUCUCCCCCACUCGCCGA